AUGCCAGCUUCCGACCCAGGAAAUGAAUUCAAUGACGAUGACUUCAUCGUCGACAUCGAUACCAUCCAGUCUCACGGGAUUGGAGCCGCAGAUAUCACAAAGUUGAAGGCAAAUGGCUUCUACACUGUGGCUUCCGUCCACGGCGCCACACGCAAGACCCUCUUGAAGGUCAAAGGCUUCAGCGAGGUCAAAGUGGAGAAGAUCAAAGAAGCCAUCCAAAAAUGCCUGCCCUCCGCAUCAGGUUUCGUCACCGCCAUGGAACUCUUCCAUCAGCGCAAGAAGGUCGUCCGCAUCUCGACCGGCAGCAAACAAUUUGACGCCAUUCUGGGAGGGUACGUAGCUGCGUCUGUCCCUCACCCUCAUCACCAGUCUACCCACUCAGGCUCAGCCCCAACCUCAUUCUCAAAACAUACACUAACUCCUCCCUCCUCCCUCCGCGCCCGCAGUGGUUUUCAAAGCAUGAGCAUCAGCGAAGUCUUCGGUGAAUUCCGCUGCGGCAAAACACAACUCUCGCACACCAUGUCCGUCGUCGCACAGCUCCCCAAAUCCCUCGGUGGUGCGGACGGCAAAGUCGCCUACAUCGACACCGAGGGCACGUUCCGACCUGAACGUAUCGCCCAGAUUGCCGAACGUUUCGGCGUCGAUCCGGACACAGCGCAAGAGAAUAUCGCAUAUGCGCGUGCCCUGAAUAGCGAGCACCAGCUGGAUCUCCUGAACGCGCUCAGCAGGGAGUUUGCGGCGGGUGCAUACCGGCUGCUCGUGAUCGAUAGUAUUAUGAACUGUUUCCGGGUGGAUUACUGUGGGCGCGGCGAGUUGGCGGAGCGGCAGCAGAAAUUGAAUCAGUUUCUGAUGAAAUUGGCCCAUAUGGCCGAAGAAUUCAAUGUCUGUGUGUUGAUGACAAACCAGGUCCAAAGUGACCCCGGUGCUAGCGCGCUAUUUGCUGGUGCUGAUGGUCGCAAACCAGUCGGUGGACAUGUGCUGGCGCACGCAUCGACGACUCGAGUGCUGCUUCGCAAGGGCCGAGGGGAGGAGCGGGUGGCAAAGAUUCAGGACUCACCAGACUGUCCCGAGCGAGAAGCUAUUUAUGUGAUCACCAAUGGAGGAAUUAAUGAUCCUGACAAAGUAUGA